AUGGGGGCUUUCAACCUAGUGACCUCCCUCGUAGGCUGGACAUUCAUUCCCGAUUUCGCAACUCGCCACCUCCUGAACUUCAUCUACUACCAGUCGCCCAUCCGCGUCGUGACACCACCGCCCCAAGGCAGCAUCCAGCACCGCAGACAUUAUGCUAUCACGUUCGCAGUCGUAAUACUCGGGUAUCUCACGUACACCCUCGUGCAGAGUGCGCGCUCAAUGCCACCCAACUUCUACGAGAUCCUGGGCGUCCCACCUACUGUGGACGAGAAUGGGUUGAAGUUGGCGUUCAGGGCUUUCGCGAAGCGCUUCCACCCUGAUAGGCCGGGUGUUGGGAAGGGUGGAGAGGCGUUGUUCAUGUAUGUGAGGGACGCGUUCGAAGCACUAAAGGAUCCUACGGUUCGAUUUGCAUAUGAUCGUUUCGGGCCUGAGGCUGUUUCAUGGAGACAGACCUGCAAAACGACGCGUGAAUUUCUGCACCAGGGGUUGAUGGUGUCGUCUGGAUAUCAUAUUGUUGCGGGUAUUGCUCUGUUGUUCUGGUCUGCCAUUGGCCAACCUAGCGUCGUUUCUUUCUGGCGUUAUGUCCUCUUCGCUGCUCUCUUAGCAGGUGAACUCUCUUUCAUUCUCGCUCCUUUCCCAGCGACGUCAUCAAACAUCCUGCCAUCUCGGGGGUACUUCUUCUCGACAUCCCCUCAAAACACCCUUGCGAAACCGUCAAGCCCACUCUCAUUUAGCUCCUUCUCAAUCCUACAGACUUUCUUCCCAAGUCGAGUGCCCUACCAGCACAUCCUCUUCUUGCACCAAGUCUUCAUGUUCCUUAGUGUUGCUCUUAGUCGAGUUGUACCCACAUUUAUCCGCCUAUUGAGUAACGACGGUACAGAUGGACGAAAACUGACGCCGUUGGAGCGAAGCAUUUGGGAAAGAAUUUAUGGGACGAUUGCCAUUGCAGACCGUGAAGCCUCUAUCAUUUUGCAUACCAUUCUCCAAUCCGUCCAGUCUACAUCCUCAAAACAACCAUAUCAUGUUCCGACUCUUGCACGAAUGCAACCGCUCGAACCUGCAAAAGCCACCAAGACACUUGAGGAACUUUCACCUGAGAUCCAAGCACUCGUCGUUGAGGCGAACAUCAAGAACCAGAACGCAGGACCAAUUGCUAGCGCAUGGGAAGCUGUUCUCAGACGAUCUCGAUCUUCUUCUCCAGGUGCUACUGACGCCACCUCGGAAGCACCGAAGACUCCUGCGCCCAAGGUGAAGAACUUUUGGGAACGGGAUAUCAAGGAUGAGGAAGCUGAGGACAUCAUUACCCUCGUCGACGCUGCGAACGGGACGCCGAUACAGAUGAGUUCACCGAGAGCCGGCGACACUUCGUUGCCAAGGACGCCAUCAUCCUCAAGGCUGGGCCCGGUGGUGGAUAGGAUGAGCCCCACGAAAACGCAUUCGCCUGUGAGGAGAGAGUCAUUUGUUGGGGCCGGCGAGUUUUAG